UCGCGAAUUGUGAGUGGCUCGUGAAAAAAAUUGCCAACGUGGCUGACAGCUGAGAUGUGUGGACGCACACAGGCUGUAUGACUCGACUCGGUGUGAUUCAUCCUGUUCGGAUGAACAAUGGGAAUGGCCCGGCGUUGUGCCGCGUUGCUCCUCCAGCUGUUCAAUUCCGCGCAAGUCGUGUCGAUUCCUCUUUCUCCCGAUUAAUCGUAUUAUUAUGUCAUUCAUCCUGCGGUAUUGACGCGGCUGUCACGCACGAGAACUUCACUGCGUUCGUGUGCAUUGAGAUGCAUUCGAUAAAAUUGCAUGUGCCUUGACUCUUUCGCUUAUUUGCUUCCGUUUGAAUCACUUCGAUGUAUCAUAUUCAGUAAUAAAACGCAAUGAAUGUAAUUAUCAUGGGAGUGUUAUACUACUCUUUGAUGUCAACAUCCAUGAUGGUUUAUACUGGAAUGUGGGUGUAAGUGCGGCACUUGCGGACAGGAUAGUCAACAGCAUUGUGACAUGCAUCUGCAUGCAGAAAUAGAGAACUUACGGCAGCGCUUAAUGGAAAAAGACAACCAUAUUGUGACGAUGGAAACGCAAUUUUUAAACGAGGCUGAUAAAUUUCCAAAUGGUGAAUUGGCUUCCAUGAAAGAGGAGCUGCUGAUAUGGCAAGAGAAAUAUUCACGUCUACAUGAGGCACACAAGAGGGUGCAAAAGGUUAAUCAGAAUCUCGAGGACAAAUUGCUGCGAAUUGUGGACAAAUGUGAGACAGAGAAGGGUGCCUUCACGAAGGAUAUUGCGACUUUGUCUCAUAGAUUAGCAGAUGCGAAUUUUACAAUUCAUCGGUUAACUCAAGAUAAUGAAAAAUAUAGAAACGACGUUAGUUUAGCAAUACAAUUGCUACAGUGCAAACCUUCUAACUUCGUGGGUCAGAAAUACGACUCGCUGCCGUCUGAAGUGCAGGCCAAGGUGCGCACAUACGUCGCGCAGAAGCGUUGCCCUGCAGACGUGGUGCAACCAGACGUAAAGAGCAUCACUGUGCCGAUAUCCACGUUCCCGCCAACGGCGAUGGUAUACAACAUCACCAAGCCGACGGUGGAGAAGCACAGCGACGACGACGACACCGGCGACGAGUGCAAACCGCCGGUGGACGUCGUCUCGGCCGCCAUAAUGGCGAAGGUGUUGGAGGACCGCGAAAAGGAGAGGAUCUUCGCAAAGCACUGUGACACGUGUACCUGCCAUCGGAGCAUUCUCAUGCUAGACGCGGAGACACAGACGUGCCUGCCCAACGCGUCCGUUCCUCCCAAAGAGGAGCAAACGCGUCGCAACGUCACCAAGUCCGCGUCGGAGAAGACGUUGAACGGCGAGAAGCAGCAUCAGAGUGUGGACAAACUCACGGCUAACUCCGCGCCGAUCUCGCACACGGUCUUCUAUGAGAUCAAUGAGAACAUCGCGAACGGCGAGAAAACGCGUCACCAUGUGAACGGCGACUGCGGCACGAUCUAUGCCACACAAGUUACUUGUAUCAAGGACAAGUUCGUCGGCAGAAAUAGCAGGAACGUUCAGGAUUGCCCGGUCGAGGAGAAUUGCGCCACGAAGGCCGGCUUGAACAAGAAAAACUCGUCGCAGCGUUCGCCGUCAUUCUCGCGACUGAACGAUCUCAAUAGGAUAAACAUCGACAAGGCCAAGCCACUCAGGGCUAGUAACAAAAAGUGCGAAUCUCUGGCUGAUAAUAACAAGUCUAUCGCGAAAUACUGGAGCAAGAGCGAAAGGAGUAGCUUUGAUCAGUUCGGUGACGGGUCAACGCGCGCCGACAAGGAGCAGACACACAUCGACAUCAUCAACGACAGACUGUGGAAGAACGAGUGGACCAAGUGGAAGUCCGAGAUGAAUGCAAAGGACAGCAAGUCCAGGGCGAAUCGCGGCGUCGAGCUUGAUAUCAUCAACGACCGCGAUUGGAAGAACGACCGAUCGGAGCGGCAAGAAGCGCGGAAUGUCACGCAGUUUACGCUGAUCGAGGUGAAGAGCCCGGACAACAGCGCGAGCAACAAUGACGGCAGUCAGCCAGAGGUAGCGACCAGUCCGAGCUUCAGCAGUGACAGCAUGGUGAUCUCCAGCUCUGAUCCGUCCAGCAGCUGCAGUGACGUCGCGCAAUCGUCGACUGGCGUCGGCGGCACGCACGUCGUCUUCAACAACGUCAAGUCCGUCGGUUCGGGCCAAGGCCGCGUGACCGGACCGAGGAACUGUCUGGUACGUGUCACACCUGGUUCCAAGAACAUUCUGCUGGAUAAUGCGGGCCACUACAAAACUGUGCUAUACAGCAGCACUGACGGCAAGGCCAGCACCGCUUUGGUGCACGCGAAGAAGACAUCUCGGGCCAGUUCCGAGCGUUCGACCUCAACCAGCAGUGAAGACAACAAUUCGCCGGUGCUGUUGCAGGACAAUCAGCUGCAGCGGGUGGCCGAGUGGGUGCAGUCGUCGUUGCGCGUGGACAGUUCGACAGUGCACGAUAGCAAUAAGAGCGGCAAGUGCGGGGAGAAGGCCGUGAACGAGAAGCGCAAGUCCUCGGAGCAAGGUGGAGCGAUCCCGGCGGCUCAUGACGUUCGUGUCGACGACGUGAUGAAAAAGUCGUCGAAAAAUGUCGAGGCUUACCGCGAGAUGCCUGCGGAGAAUGGAUCGAGCGAUGUUGAUCCUUUGUUGGGCAUGCAGUGCAUGCAAGCGGACCACGGCGAAAAUCUCAUAACAUUUGACGUGUUAGACGAGCAGUCGCCAAAGGACUCGCGCAAGACUAGUCUGAACUACGAGGUGAAGAUCACCAAGGAGAUGGAAGAGACGUAUUUGAAAUUAGCGGCGAGCUUGGAUCCGGUGACGUUGAGUUUGCCAAGUCCCACCGACGCUGGAUUGACGAUCGAAAAGUACCGGAAGGAUCACAAGAGGCUUCAUCAUGUACAGAGAGUCCAGGAUAAGGCGGGAUCAAAAGCUUAAUGUAUCUCAGCGAAACAUUCUUCGAUGACAAUUGACUAUAUCAGCAGGGAGUUCCUCUAAAGAUAACAGAGCGUUAUUUUUUGUAACUAUAUUAACGUAAGGCUGUACCAAGAGACGAGUAGCUUUUAGACUUGAUAGAGGGAAGGAGAGAAGGAGAGAGGGAGAAAGAAAGAGUCUUACACGAUGCUGCGGACUAUUAUUGGUUCUGUUUUGUUUGCGCGAGCGAGCGAGAUCCGCGGAUCGAUCCAAGUUUAUGCGAGGUGAAACUACAAUAUUCGAUGCGAUCAAGUUCAGUGCAACACGGUAGUCUGAUUGUAUUGUCAAUUAUGUAAUUAAUUAUGGGGAAUUCCGCGGCAACAGCAUGCUCGAAAUCGCACGAAAACUGCCAUUAUUUUCCAGGCAUGCUGUCGUAGGUUCUUAUCAGCGAAAUUCUUUAUCUUCGAAAACAAACUUAAAGCAACAAGAUUAAUUGUUUCGCUCUACUCGGCGCGUACUCGCCUCUAAAAACCCCGUCUAUAUAUUAUUAGCAUGUUGAGAUAAUUAGUCAUUUUUACGAUGCACAUGAAUAUAAUUUUCCGAUCCCGCUUUGCUCAAGAGUUGUGCACCAUAUACGUUUGCGAAACGGUUUGGACAUAUACCGGAUUUAUUGAAUCGAAUUAAAUUUACCG